AUCGUUGCGUUGUCCGGGCCGGCUUGGUGCGCAUUAUUGUAGAAGCGUUGCAAAGUAAAGAGCCAAAAGAACAAACGUUAAAUUGUGUGUCAAAAAACUGGUAAACGUCGUCGAUCUACGCUUCGAAUUUUGGAACCAUGGGCGACCGAGGAGACGAUAAGGGGGCCCGAGUGUACGUCGGCGGGCUCAAUGACGGCGUUAAAAAGGAAGAUCUCGAGUCCGAAUUCGAGAAAUACGGCAAACUGAACAGCGUCUGGGUGGCCUUUAACCCCCCCGGCUUUGCCUUCAUCGAAUUCAAUAACAUGACCGAUGCAGAAACUGCCUGCGACAACCUCAACGGAACAGACUUCCUGGGCAGCAAACUACGCGUGGAAAUCGCCAGAGGCAAGUCCCGAAGAGGCGGCAGCGGCGGCGGCGGCGGGUUCAGGGGGGGCCGCGGCGGCAGCCGAGGGGGCUCCUCGUUCAGAGGCAGCAGCGGGGGCGGCGGCUACGGGGACCGCAGUUUCCGCGGCGGUUCCGGGGGCAGGGGCGGCAGCAGAGGGGGCGGCCGUUUCGGCGGCGGAGACAGGUACGGAAGUGGCGGCGGCGGAGGCGGGGGCCGUGGCGGGUCCAGAGAGGGGGGCGCCAGGAGGUUCGGCAGUAGGGAUUUCAACAGGAGAAGUGAUGACUUUGGGGGCCGUUCGGAUUACAACGGACGCGGAGGCGGCGGGGGCGGACGCAGGUUCGAUAAUGGCUCGAGAUUCAGGUCCAGGUCACCCAACGCAGGACCACCAAGACAUUAGAUUUUAAGUUAUACGUUCGUUUAAGUAUUUUAAGUUUAGGUUCGAUCUGAUGGAAAUAACCCUAUUGUAAUAUUAUUAAAUUGUUAAGACUGCAUGCAAAACAGUUUUUGUUUAAUCUUUAUUACUGUGAUGUUAUUUUUUAGGGUUUAUAUUGAUUUUUUUAUUUCAAUCGAAAAUGUAUGAAUGUACAAGUUUUGUACAAAUAUUGUGUGUAAUUACAUAAUUCUAAACCAA